GAUGUGUCCAUUUCGUUGGCUCACGUCGGCCAGUUCCUUUGUUGAGACAUCGCCCUUGAGCUGGGCUGGGCGUCUGCAUUCUUGUUUGUUAUUUUUUUUCUUCCCAGAAAUACUCAGUUUAUGCACCGAGCGUUCUAUGUAUCGCUUCAAGAGCUCCAAGUACAAAAAUGCCACACCUAAGGUCCCAAAGAAAGGCGAGGGUUGGGUUCUUGAUAUAUCUGUCGGCGCACCGCAGUCGUUCGGGAACCACAUAAAGGCGAGCGCUUUGCACAAGGUCUUCAGUGUGGAUAACCGAGGCGGCGGCAGCCUGGGCGUCUUGCCGCUUGAUGACACGGGGAAAAAGAGCAAGAACUGCCCUCUACUUCACGCACAUUCCGAAUUCAUAACCGACUUCGAAUUUUGUCCGUACGAUGACGGUCUUCUGGCUACCUGCUCUCACGACGCCACUAUCAAAAUAUGGAGGAUUCCGGACGGCGGAAUUGUGCCCAACUUGCCCCAAAAUCCUGAGCUUGUGCUUCAACCGGGCAAAUCUCGCAUCGAGAACUUGUCUUUUAACCCAGCUGUGGACUGCCUCCUGGCUUCAGCCACAGAUAGUGCUCUUCAGAUCUGGGACCUAGUCAACCAUUCUGAGCUUGGCACCAACUUGAAACACGAUGAGCUGAUACAGAGCCUGAGCUGGCGAGGUGAUGGCAACCAACUUGUGAGCUCUGGCAGAGACAGAAAGCUGAGAGUCUGGGACCCCAGGACACCGAGCAAUUUACUUCAAGCACCUGGCCAUGCGAAUAAUCGGGACUCGAGAGUCCUCUGGUUGGGAAAAAGCGACUACAUCCUUUCAACUGGUUUGGGCAGUGCGAGGGAGCGCGAGGUGUGCCUUAGAGAUGUCCGGAGGUUUGACAUUCCCUGCACCAGUUGGUCCGGUGACAGCGCCAUGGGUGUGUACAUACCCCUGUAUGACCCAGACACCAACAUGCUCUUCCUGGCUGCUAAGGGUGACACUACUGUCAACUUUUGGGAGGUGACGUUUAAAGAGCCCUUCUUGAGUGAAGCAUCCAAAUACAUGGGUGAGGUGCAGACCAAAGGAGUAGGCCUGGUGCCUAAGCGUGCCCUAAAGGUGAUGGAUGGCGAGGUCAACCGAGUGCUCAUCUUGGGCCAGGAUUGCAUUGUGCCCAUUCCCUACCAGGUGCCCCGCAAGACAUACAGGGACUUCCAUGCAGAUGUCUUUCCGGACACACAGGCACCAUCCCCGGCUACAACCGUGUCUGACUGGCUGGCUAAGAAGCCCUGCAAGUCCAUUCCUAGGGUGAGCUUGGACCCUGCCCAGAGGCCCAAGGAGGGGCUGGUGCGGACUGGACACAAGCUAGGGUCGGGCCCCUCUCUGCUGGCUGCUGUGCCCCAGGAGAAGGACAUCAGCCUGGUACCAGCCGAUUACUCCAGUGAAGACUUUGGGGACGACAAGGCCCGCCAGAUUCUUCCAGAGAAGCCAAUUCCGGCUCCCAAGCCUGCUCCACGUACCAAGGUCAGCGCUUCACAUUGGGAAGAGAGCACCAACGGCCGCCACAACGGGGACACCCCUGCAUCGUUCCUGCACAAGGCAGCGCCCCGCACCCGGUCGUCCAUGGCCUCCAGCAUGGGGCCCUCCGCUGCCCCCAGGACUGUUUCCCAUGUUCGUCGGCAGCCAUCGCGCAACGAGGGACGUGGCUUCAAAGUGCGGGUAUCGAAGUACCGGCACCUGAAUGGCUCAGUGGGCAACCGGAAUACUCAAAUCACCAACCUUCCGCCCAUGUGCAAGACACUGCCCGGCGAGAGUGAAGGCUUCCGUGCAAACACAGAGCGCAUUGCCCUGCCCCUGGCCAUCUCUGGUGGCCAUCUGGCAAUCCUGGAGCUGUCCAAGAGAGGCCGUCUACAAUCUGGAGUUGUUCCCAGCCUCAUCUGUGGGACCAGCAUCAUGGACUUUGCCUGGGACCCGUUCAAUAACAGGUGCAUUGCCAUAGCAUGUGACGAUGGCCGAGUGCGUGUGUGGACUGUUCCUGAAGGUGGCCUGCAUGAGAGCCUGACGGAGCCGGACUUUGAGCUGAAAGGGCAUACCGAGAAAGUCCACUUUGUCAAAUUCCAUCCAACAGCGGCCGGAGUGUUGGCCUCAGGCUCCCAUGACCUGACUGUGAUCAUCUGGGACAUGGAGACCCGCGAGUGCAAGAUUUGCCUCCAAGGUCAUACGGACCAGAUCUUCAGUUUGGCAUGGGAUCCAGACGGUGUCUUGUUGGCCACCUUGUGCAAAGACCAGAAGCUGCGUGUGUACGACCCACGGAGGAGCGAGCUGCCCCUGCGUGAGGGCCUCGGGCCAACAGGCACUCGAGGUGCUCGGGUCACCUGGGUGCUCGGAGGAAGCCACCUGGUCACCACUGGCUUUAACAAAGUCUCUGAACGGCAAGUGAGUCUUUAUGAAGCCAGGUCGCUCUCUGCCCCCCUGACGACAGAGGGCAUCGAUGUCAGCCCAGCCAUACUGAUUCCCUUCUACGAUGAGGACAGCUCCACACUGUUUCUCUCUGGAAAGGGUGACUCCACCAUCUUUGCAUUUGAGGUUGCCUUGGACGCCCCACACUUCUUCCCACUGUCACACUACAAGUGCACAGGUGGGCCUCACCAGGCUGUGGCCUUUUUGCCCAAGCUGGCCUGCAGCGUGGCUGAUGUGGAGUUUGCCUGUGCCUUUCGGCUCACCACCAGCAAUGUGGAGCCGCUGUCCUUUCGUGUGCCAAGACUCCGGUCUGAGCUGUUCCAGGACGACCUGUUCCCAGACACUCGUGUGACCUGGGAACCAGCCCUGACAAGCAAGGAGUGGUUCUCGGGAGUGACACGGGCACCGAAAUUUGUCAGCCUUCGGCCUCCUGACAUGGAAUGCUUGUCAGAGGCUCCUGAAGUGCGGCCCCCUGCUCCUCAUGUUCCGAGGCUGCCACAGGAUGUCAGCCUGGACUUUGAAGGAGACAUUACCCUCUCCAGCUCAGUCAUCGAAAGCAACAGGGAGAAAGAGGAACAGAUAAUAAAUUCCAUGAAGUCCAAGAUAGCCAACCAGCACGACGCCCUCCCACAGGAUAUGUUUGAGGGUGUGGAUCCAAAGGAAUGGGAUGAAGAUGAAGAUGUCUGAACGGCAUAGUGGUGGGAAACUGAUGAGACUCCACCACUGAUCUCAUGGGGCCACCGAGUCUUCACAUUGUUAGGUUUUGGAAAGAGUGCCAAGAGAGAGGCUCAAGAGAAAAGGAAAUUGUUAUGCAGUUUUUUUCUCUUAAGUGACCAUACACUUUUCUAACUCUUAACUUUUUAAAUUAUUGCAAUGCACUUAAGAUAGCUUCACUUGAUCACUGUUGUAAAUCAUCUCUGCUGUUGCUUCCAGUAUUCAAAAAACCGCUGUGAAAAUUAUAAGCAUGUUCCUUAAACUUGACUUUGUGAACUUUGUCUGUUCUCUGCAAGUACAAAGACUGUGGUGAAGCAGCUGUUAAUUUUGCAGGCUGUAUCUUCCUUCUCCCUUGUGGUGCCAAAAUUGCCAUCAUGUGAGCAGAUAUGCAAUAGUAUUGAUUGCCUUGCUGACAUUUUAAACCUUGAAGAACAUGUUUUUUCCCCCCUUGUAUUUAGUGGCAGAAAAACACGCUGUUCUCUUUUUAGUUUAAUCUAAGAGUAAUGCAUCUGGAGAAUGAACAAAUUGGAUAAAUUAUGAAUAUAAACAACAUUGAUCUGAAAGCUUAAUACUCAUUAAGGAAGUGAUCUGAGCUUGGUCACCAUUUCCAGGUGUUGCAUACCAUGUUUUCUUGUUCACACUAAUGUAAUUUUUUGUGUGAUGUUCUCAGUCCCUUUAAGUGUGCACCAACUGUAUGCCUGUGUCUGAACUGAAUGUGCACCCUGGUGAUUCUGAGCACCACAUGCUUGCACCCCACACACUAGCACUGUCAGAGGUCGAGCAUAUACUUAAGGCUGUAUGACUGCUUAACUAGUCACACUAAUAUCAGAGGUUGUGACCUCUCUGCAAUUUAUCGGGGCUGCUGGUGUAUAUUCCAUGAUGACCUGUUUGCAGGCACCAAGUGCAUCAUUUUGAUCCAUUAAAGGUAUUUUGAAAGCAA